AUGCGUGCCUACACUUGCUUAGUAAUCCUUGCCGUUGUGAGCUCGCCAGCUCAUAUUUUCGCCAAUGAAGCAUCGUCCGAAUUGGAUAAUCUCUCCGAAGCUGCUGCACCGCAACCGUUAUGUAGGGAGACCGUGUGUCCGCGCCUAUACAUGCCAGUUUGUGCGAUAGUUGAUGGUGAACACGUAACCGUGCCUUCCCGUUGUGUUCUCAACAAUAAGAUUAGAUGUUCCUCGGCAUUGCAGCGUUCCUUGGGUCAGAAAGUGCCUAGAGUACGUUUCCUACAUAGCGGUCCUUGUUCCUCGAAAGCCGACAAAAGCAUUGUAGGACGUAAGAGUAGAGAUGUGCCCAUUGAGAGCGAAGAAGAAAUUGUUGAGGAAGUACCAAGUGAAGAAGAGGAGGGUGCACAUGCUGAAGAUAAUGGCGAAAAUGAAGAGGAGGAGGGUGCACAUGAAGAAGAUAAUGGCGAAGAAGAGGUUGGUGCGAUUGCAGAAGAACAUGACGCCAGUAACGACAAGAGUGACGAGCAUGCCGAAAUCCAUAAUAGUGGUGAGAGCGGUGAGAGUGGUGAGAUAAAUGCGAUCCAACAUCACAACAUCGACGAUCUGGAACAUCUGGAAGAUCAAGCUGACUUGGAUGAUAAGCAAGCAGAAGCUGAUGACGCUGAGGCUGAAAGGGAUCAUGCGGAAGAACUUGCAGAAGAUGAGGAAUAAUUAGCCACAGAAGCUACUAACUUUUUGUGUUUGUUGAAGAGAGAUUUUCUCGUUUCUAGCUAUAAAUCUUGUUAUAUUCGUGCCUUGUGCUUAGAAAUAGUCUAAUAAAAAUUUGUUGUUAUGAAAGUAAAUUCUGUUGUCAGCGCGGUCAACGGUCUUUGGCUCGAUCUUCGUUCUCUUCGUCUUAAUACUUUACUUAACUUCAGUUUGGUCUGCCAUCCGCAAGAAUAACUAUAGUUAUACACAUUUUGUGUUGCUGCUUAUUUUAAUUCAACUUAAAAUUUUCCAUCUAAAACUAAACCUUAGAGCUGCGAUAUCGUCAGUCAGCUCACAUGGUAUACUUGAGCUCCCCCAAGAGUCACGCUCACGACGCAAAAUACGAUUGCAUACGUUUGUGUAGCCGCCGAUGUUUUAUCAAUGGCGCGAGAUACUUAAAACUAAGUUCACAAUCCUCGCAACGAAACGGACGAUCCUCCUGAUGUGUGGCCUUCGCAUGGCGUUUAAAAUCUAUAGUGCUGGUAAACUUCGAAGUACAAUGCUUACAAUGGAAACGAUUUAUGUUGCGACACUUGGCGCGAUGCCGUCGAUAGUUGUUGCCAUCACGAAAGAUCUCCGCGCAGGUUGGACAACGGUGGUCGAAGAAGUGUUGACUGAGAUGAUCCGCCGAGCGCCAAUCAUUAUGACCUUCUUUACACAGCGGACAAUCCGUUUCCUUACGAUGCAUAUAGAGUAGAUGAUGCACGAGCUCAUCGGCGUUGUUGAAAUUCUCAUUACACGGCGGACACUCGGUCGGCGGAUGCGUUCUAAGUAUGUGCUUGGCGUACGCUGUGGGACGUUUAAAUUUACGCGGACAUUCACUACAAUCGUAUACGAUGGUUUGAUAUGAGUCUGCGCUGUGACUACGUUUACGCGUCGGUCUCGCACCACCUGUAUCGAUGAAUGACAUGCGUUGCCAAAUUUUACUGCGAAAGCGAUCGGUAUGCGGUUGUUGUAGCCGAUCAUAGUAGUAACGUAAGCUACGUAUUAAGGAUUUGAUUUUGGUGAGACUGACGGCUGGCACAUUGCGCAACUGACAAUACUUCUUGUGCAGCAGCUCGUAGGCGGCUUGGCGCAGCUUGCGAUUGCGGUAUUCCGGCGAGUUCGCGUACCACAGGCAUGGCUGUUCACGGUAGAGAUCGAUGAACUGCUCGAGGAACUCAUCAGUGUAGUCGGCGAGGUGAUAGCUGGAGGACUGUGGAGGACAUAGAGGUUACAUAGAACUUAAGCGAAACGAAAGCGAACUCUUUAAGCGAGCUUAGCACUUACUUUGGUUCUUACGCUGAUAGAGUCUCCCUCACUGCUGAUUUGUUUUGUCGAUGGACGACUUUGACGUAGCUAAAAUUAAGCAAAAUAUUAACCGCUUAAAGAGCUUCUUUUUAAAUGGAACCUGCUAUACGUACCUGCUUCAGGGAUACCAGCUUAUUUUUGGCACGCACGCGUUGUCUAUUACGCCAUAUGCCACGACGACGUCGACGACUGCGUCUCAGAUUAGUCGGCUCUGAAACAGUUUGUGACUGCUGCGUAUUGUCCGUUUCGGUAUCGAUGGUGGAACGCGAUACCCGGCUACGUCUACCACUCGAACACAGCGUAUCCAUUGUGGAUUCCGAAGGCACAGAGUCCGUAGUUAUAUAAUUGUUGCGUUGCUGUUUACGCGCUGGCAAAUGCGCGCUCACCAUGUGCGUCCACAGCGUCUCGGUGUUAUGAAAGCCGAUAUUGCAGAACGAGCAGAGCUUAUCCGGCACGAGCUCUUCCACAUCUUUAUCAUCACAGCCGCGCAAAAAGGCGAGUUUAUCUAGCACCGCUUUGGAUUUCAUAGCGCGCAAUUGACGCGACACACGCCAUUCAUCCGCGGCGUCAUCGUCCACAUGGGUUUUGGAAGCAGCGCCAGCGAUAUCGCCCGAACGCAGCUGCCGCAGAUAAAUCUGUAUUAUCUGGCGCACAAUACUGCGCGCAUCACGAAACGUCACGAAGGGCAUAUGAUCGCGCAAUUUCCGCAGCAACAAUUGGUAAGCGUGAAGACGCUCACUGCGCGGCAUGCUGGCGCGCGACGGACGAUGCCAAAUGCAGAAACACUUAUUCAGCAGCUCGAUGACAUCCAGCAAACACUGGCGCUUGAGCGUGUUGAGGUCGAAGUGGUUGUCGGAGACGUUGUUGGAGAGCGAGGAGCCGGUGUAGGUGGGACUGGCGCAACUGUGCGUACUCAGGUGAGAGAUCUGCAAGGAGAGAAGUCGUAACUUCGGUGGUUAAGUUGGUUCAGUAACGGCGCACAACUUACACUGCCGCGUGCGGAAACCAGCGUGUCCUCCGCUACAAUGGAAAGCGCGCUCUGUGUGAGAAAGAGUAUAAUAUUUACGUAAAUGAGUGGGAUUCUUAUCAAAAAUUUACACAACAUGUGUCGCACUCACACGUCGUACUGUGGGUCCAUGCUCCGCGCGACUAUGAUCCAAAAACUCAUCGUAGUUUGCGAACUUCGGCAACGUAUUGCAUUUAUUACAAACAAUAUUGUACGAACUUGGCGAUCUCGUAUUGAUACAGACCUGUUGCGUGGCAGCUGUUGCGUCCAUAAUCGCGUCGCGUGUCCCAAAUUUUAUUUAUAGAGAGGGAGAGUUUUAAAUUUUCAAGCGAGCUUCUGCUGUACGUCGGUUUGGGGCAAAUGAAAUUGUAACAGUUCUAUGUUGUUGUUGCUGAAGGUGUGUGAUUUGCGUAUAGAAUUUGAAUUUUAACGGACAUUUAAUUUUGAGUUGUGACUUUGGCGUAAAUAAAAUCAAACUUUAAAAGUUAGCAUUUAUUUGAACUUAAUUUUUUUGUACAAAAACAAAAAUUUCUCGAAAUUUUUUGCUCGCGAUUGAAUUUAUAGAAAAUAUUUUACAAUGGAAAUGACGUUUUCUGUUUGGAAAAUAAAAUUGUUGAGAUUUCAAGCGCUGAUAGCUCGAAACAAUUUCUCGGCAGGAAAGUAGUGAGUUCAGCUGGUGGCGUGGGUGUCGAGAAGACCUGAAGAUUUUUGGAAAGAACUGCAAUAACCCUCAAGCAGAACGGACAACAAUUUGCUUUUCUUCGAGGCCGAAGAGCGUCCACUCAAUUAAAGGAAUGAUUAUGAACAUUUUUGUGCAAUUUUUAAGAUCAGUAUAAGUCCAAAAAGAGACUGUCUUCAUAAAGGAUUACACCACAGGAAAUCUGAUUUGGUUCGAAAAAAUCUGCCCAGCGCCAAUAUUAGGCCUUCCGCAUCCUCAAAUGUAGAUCAUCUGUCGGAUUGACGUACAUCUUCAACCGGAACAUGUGAAAUUCAGACUCAUAAAGCUGAGGUAUAACAUUGGUGUUAGAUUUGAGACUCCGUCGAGAUAUGGCUUCCCUGUUUCCUGGAAAACCUGGGUUUCUAGCUAGUUUAUUUAAUCAGGAAUUUUUGGGUUGAAAAUACUAAGGUAGUAUGAGAUCUAUUCUUAUAUAUGGAGAAUGCGAAGAGAUAUGGCUUCCCUGUUUCCUGAAAAAUCUGAGUUUCUAGACCUAUUUUUUUCAGCAGAAAAUUUUGGGCUGAUACUACUAAGAAAGUAUGAGAUCCAUUCUUAUAUAUGGAGGAUGCGAAGAGAGAUGGCUUUGCUGUUUCCUGAAAAGUCUGAGUUUCUAGACCUCCUUUUUCUUUUAGCAGGAAAUUCUACGCUGGGACCACUAAGGAUAAUUUCCCUUAUCCCACCCAUUCUUAUAUAUAGAGGAUAAGAAGAUUUAUGGAAUCCGAUUGACAUCGAUGUAAUGAAACAUCGUAAAAUUGGGAACGAUAUGAAAAUGGAACAGGAAAAAAUUAUAAAGAAAUACAAAAUAAAACAUCAGAUACAAAAAAUCUUGCGAAAUUAUAUAAAAAGGCUAUACAAAUCGGAACAGAAAGAAAUUGGAACGAAUAAAUUACUUCUGAUGAAAGUUUUUAUGGAAAUGGAGUAGAAUACGAAUCAAACCCAAUAAAAUUUAGAACCGAAAAUGAAACUGAUAAAAAAAUUAUUUAUGUAGGAACGAAAUGGAAAUAUUAAUCAUGUAAUCAAAGUUGGAUAAUGUGGAAGCAAGGUCUAUUUAUAUAGGAACGAAACGGAAAUAUUAAUCGUGGAAUCAAAGUUGGAUAAUGUGGUAGCAAGGUCUAAGGUUCAAAAUUUAUGGGGCGAGGCAAAUCAGAGUGGCGUGAAUUGUAAAGUAGGCGUGAAUUAAAAUAAUGCAUCUAAAAUUUUUAUCUGAUGUAUAAAUAUAGUAAGUAACAAUGUUGGAACGAAGUGAAAAUGUCAUAUAUUGAAAAAUUGGAAACGAAACAUUGGCGGAACGAAAUGGAAUUGAAACAUUUGGAAAAAAUUCAUAUAAUGCCACUAUAAAUAUUUUCAGAUGUACGAAAAUAGUAUGAAACACUGUUGGAACGAAGUGGAAAUGAAACUAAGUAAUUUCACAUAUUUUUUUCAAAUUUUUUUAUAUUCAGCGUAUUUUAUUUUCAAUGUCUCAUGCAUUUAUUAUGCAGUUUUUUACAAUCAUUUUAUGUGUAUAGGUGUUAACAUGUUUGCUUGGGGUCUGUGUGUGUGAGUGUUGUGUGUAGAAGAAAUGUUUGCAAGUUUUGUCUUUUUACUGCUGAUUUUUGCUGUUUUUAUUGUAAUCAUUUACAUUGAGACUGUAUAACAGCGCAAGAGGAGCACAUGCACACAAAUUGGUUAAAUGUAUUUUUUUAUAAUUUUAUUUUGUAUUUUUCAAUUCAGGUUUUGGACUGCACAUUUUUUUGAUAAAUUGUUUUCAUAUUGAACUGUUGUUGUAACAAACAGAUUUGUACGGUACACAUAUGUAUGCUUUUAAAAUAAUUUUGUGGAAAACAUGUAAGCGCUUCUUUGUUAGUUUUUUUGUUUGCAAGGGGAACAGCUGGAAAUUAUUUAUUUUCUGUUGUUGUUUUUUUAACUGUUAUCUAACGUUUAUUA